AGCUGUAUAAUUAGCCAAUAGGAACUGGUGCUUUCUCCAGUGAAUUCUGCAGGGUUUCUCACCUCACCCUUUGGGAAGGCCAGGCUUCAACUAUUGGCUAAUUGGCCGCUGCUUAAUAAGGCAACUCCUUUUUAAAGUGGCUCUGAGAAGGAGCAUGUGUGGUUGAGCAGCAAUGGGGAUGCUGAUCUUCCUAGUAUGGGCUGCUUUUCUUGUGGUUGACUGCACACCUCCACACAAACGUCUGCAGGUGCUUCCCAGGUUUGGGAGCGCCUAUCAUAUAACAGGGAUCCUGAAACUGCCUUAUGCUGAAAUAGAAGAGCCCUUCGAAGCCUGGUUCAAUGAGACGGAGGGGAAAAGUCGUAUCCAGUAUUAUCACGGCCAGGUAAUCACUUACCAGUUUAGCUUUGUAAAACCUUUUGGGGCCAGCUUCAAGGUAACUCCAGAAACCACAGAAACAGAGGCCAACAUUAAGGAGUGCUUCCAGAUCAAUGGAACAUUGGAGAAACCCAUUGGGCCUCAAAGUGUCUUUCCUAACCUAUCUGAAUUUCAGACUGUUCGGCAGGAAGACUACAACGGACAGCCCUGCGCAGUCCUGGAGAGCACGUCGUAUUGGGGCAAGAAGAAGAACAUCUACAGGUUGUGGGUUGCAAUUGCUUCCCCUGAGCCUGUCCCAGUGCACUAUGAGAUGAAGGGCUUCAACACCCUCCUGGGCUCCCACUACGACAAGUAUGAGAUAGACUACACCAGCUUUUCCCGCAGAUUCCCCUCUGGCGUCUUUGAUCUCCCUGAUGGUAUAAAAUGCACACAUUGGCCAGAUGUAGGACCGGAGCAUAGGAUCUUGGCCAAUCCCAUGCAAGAAUUUGUUGGGGGAGCCGGGGAAGUAGGCCGGGACCACGAGCGUCUAUUCCAUCACUACAAGGGGAAAUUCAGAAAGACCUACAAGAGUGAGGAGGAGAUGGAGCACAGGAAGCACAACUUCAUCCACAACAUGAGAUACGUCCACUCCAAGAACAGGGCCAACCUCUCCUACAAACUGGCUGUGAACCACUUGGCCGAUCAUACACCAGAGGAGAUGGCGGUGAUGAGGGGGAGGCUAAAGACCGGUGAACCCAACAAGGGGUGUCCCUUCCCUGCCAAAGGCUACAACAACCUCACCCUGCCAGAGAGUCUGGAUUGGCGGCUUUAUGGUGCUGUGACCCCAGUCAAAGACCAGGCUGUGUGUGGUUCCUGUUGGAGUUUUGCUACAACAGGAACACUGGAAGGCGCCCUCUUUCUUAAGACUGGAGUGCUCACUCCACUGUCACAGCAAGUCUUAAUUGAUUGUUCCUGGGGCUUUGGAAACCAUGCCUGUGAUGGGGGUGAGGAAUGGCAUGCCUACGAGUGGAUUAUGAAGCAUGGCGGGAUUGCCAGCACAGAGUCCUAUGGGCCGUACCAGGGUCAGAAUGGCUACUGUCACUACAACGAAUCCGAGCUGAUUGCAACUCUCGCUGGCUAUGUCAGUGUGGCCUCUGAAAACACCACUGCCCUGAAGGCUGCUCUUUACAAGCAUGGCCCUGUGGCCGUGAACAUUGACGCCUCCCACAAGUCCUUUGCCUUCUACUCCAGUGGCAUCUACUAUGAGCCAAACUGCGGAAAUCAGAGCAUGGAGUUAGACCAUGCGGUCCUAGCUGUGGGAUAUGGGGACCUCCAAGGGGAGAGCUACUGGCUCAUCAAGAACUCUUGGUCCACAUAUUGGGGCAAUGACGGCUACAUCCUCAUGUCGAUGAAGAACAACAACUGUGGGGUGGCAACAGCUCCCACCUACCCAGUCCUGGCCUAAGGGCGAAACACUGGGAAAAAGGAUCACGCCAGUCAACGUACAAUGACCCUUAUCACUUCAGAGACCUCUUCUGAACCACAUGUUGUUGAAACACCUAAUCUAGAAAUUGGGAACCUGGGUUUGGGUGGUUGUCAUGCCACAACACAUUCCUCUAAGUCUGAUCAAAGUCCUGAACUGGAAGACAUUUGUUCACUGACACAGUUCAGCAUCCCUAUGGCUGCGUACACACCAUACAUUUAAAACACAUUUAAAGCACAUUCCACUCCUACUAAAUCCUCGGAACUGUGAUUCCCCCCCCACAGAGCUAUAGUUCCCUUCACUCUUAAUGAACUACAACUCCAAGGGUUCUUGAGCAGGGAGGUGGAGAGAAAUGUGCUUCAAAUGUGUAUGUAGCCAUAAUUUAAGACUUCAGUCUGGCUCCUGUGGUUUUUUUUAAAACAUCUCUCCAUAUUUACUCUGAUUAGUGUAACCCACACUGUUCAAUACUACACCAAACCAUUUUGCCUUAACAGUCUUUUGACAUACUCCCUUUCCCCUCCAAUCACUGAGCGGCAAGGAUAUGGGGAGGGGGUAUAUUUGACCAUAUAUAACUCGGUAUGUGAAUAAACGAUGUGCAGCAGACAAGCAUUCAUGGCUGGUG